AUCGUUGUUUUGAAUGUUGCCAAGUUUCUAGAUCUCCUUUGUCGAUCGUAUAGGGAGGAGAAACUUGUAAAAAGUUUAACAAAGCUGGUAGCUUUCCUUUAUUUUCUCAACCAUCUUUUUAGGACAUUUACGACGCCUUAUCAAACACGGUGAGCAACGUUGCAAACCUGCGAUUCCGCAUCAUCUGUCGAUAGGAGAACUGCUGUUAGAACCCAUUUCUGAAUAGCAAACUUGACGACAAGAUUGAUUCCACGAAUCCAGGGAGUAAAAGGUAAGGAUAUGCUAACGAAUUAAUACUAACAAGUAACAAAAGGCUGGCAUGGAACGAUGUUGUCGUGGGGUUUCAAGGUCUAUAGUUAACCAAUAAGGCCAAAUGAGCAUCGAUGGGUAUACGGGGUCUGCGAUCACUACUCACCAAGGCAACCCCAGACGAGGUAAGACUUGCAAACAGGUGGUGUGGUGUGCGCAUGUCUCGGUUUGGCAGGUAGAAGGGCCAGGGGUAACUAAAAUGAAAAGAAAAAUGCGACCGUUGUCGUUGGCACUGGAGAAAACAAAAUCCCUUACGCUCCAGGUUGAGGGGUGUAGUUACUUGUCAGCGUUGUCCAUCGCCUUAACGUUCGUUCCCUUCCGUUUUCUUCUUUGGCUUGGAGCUGGACUAUCUAACACUUGCAGAAAAAGAAAAAACAAAACACCAGUCAUCGAAGCUUUACACAGUGAAAAGCCAUGGCCAAGUCCCUGGGCACCCAAAAGUAUGAACAACGAGUUAUUCUACCAGUCGGGUAAGUUUACUUUAUCAAGUUUUCAUUGCUAAACUUCCCAAAAGGAUAAGUGCCUUUAAAAAAAAAAGCCUUUAAACGAUCGCUUUCAAUGACAACUAGUAGUUUGAUAGGUAUUCGAACGUGUUCUUUUUGUUGGCGAGAGCUUAUGCAAUCGUGCAAUCCGCCUUUCCCCGAAGGACGCUUUACUGCUAUUUCUUUUCCUCUUUUUUUUUUUUAAAUUUUUGUUGGUCUUUAGUCCUCACUUUUGGUAAACGAUUUCUUUUUCCUUUGGGAUACAUCGAAAUUCCAUCUUGAUAGUCUCUGUUCGAGAUCAUUUGUUCCGUUCCGCAAGUUGUUCUGUGCAACUUUCGGGUUUUUUUUUAUUUUGUUGUCUCGAGCUGCUUAUCUACUUUCUGGAUGCUUUAUACGCACAAGGUCUGCUACGGUAUAUUUAUAUUUAAGUCAAUUUCGUCUCUCUUCCCCAUUAUGCGAGACAUCAAAAGCUGACGCUUUCUACCAGCGGCUGGCUAGUAUAUCAGCAAUCGAUCCACAGAGGUUUGCCGCAUUUCUUUUUCCUCCCUUUUUUUUUAAGCUCAUGAAAUUGUUCCCUACGAGUUUCGUCUGAAAGAAUAAGAAAAAAGAUACAAUCCGUCUCAUUAGCUGCUGAUAAUAAUCUUCCUUUUCUAAGCCAGCAAUGAGAUAAUAAGGAACACUCAGCAGAAAAGCAACCCUUUAAACUAUUCUCAUUACUUUCAAUGUUACGAGUUCCAGUCCCCAUCAGCAGAGGAAGCUCGGACUGAUGUUUUGCUCACGUUUUAUGCACUUCAAAUAAACUAAUGCGUCGUGAAACCAUUUGCCUUCUCUACAGCGUAGAAUAAUGAAGUCUAAUGUUUCCCACCCGCGUUGUCUUGGAGUUGUUUGCAAAGAAAACAAUGCUGCACUCCAGUGUAAACGAUAUCCUACUUGUAGAUCGAAAGAGAUUGAAUUUACCUUACCACCGGGAGCUUUCUCGUGCACGCCGCCUCGGUCACGACGCGCAAACCAGACGCUGGAUAUACCAACAAAGAACGGACCAUCGCUGUCGCCGAGCGACGCUCAUAUUGGCAACAACGUUCGCCAAAGACGUUUCUCAACUGCGUUACUUUUCCCUGGACGGGUUGACGGCACCUCCUCGCCGCUUCUUUCGCCCUCCAUCCUGUUGCAUUGUUCGGCACCCUCGUCACCCAUUCCGAACUAUUCCCCAUCGCCUGCACACUCACCGUGUCUGUCACCUCUGCCGUCGCUUUUUAACUUCUUCCGAGAACGAAGUCCGAGUCCGGCACGAUCACGCACGCCAUCACCUGCAAAAGAAGUGUCCCCUCCGACUACUUCUAGCCGCAAUUCUCCAAUAUUAUCAGGUGUAACUUCGAACAUUGGCGCUCUUAAUCCGGAUCUAUACAAGAGUCCGCUGAUUCCAGAAGAAGAUACAAACAAUUACCCCGAAGGUCACCUCGGUCGCUUCUGGUUCAGCAUUAGUUACGACUCGGAGCAGGAGAAAUUGCUAAUCAAUCUCAUCCGCAUUCACAACUUGCCGAGCCGCGAUAAAGACUCGACCAACGCGUGCGAUCCUCUCGUCAGAGUGGCGUUACUGCCUGGCGAACGGCGAUAUCACCAGUCGAGUAUUCAGCGAAAAACAUGCAAUCCAGUUUUUAACGAAGUAUUCGGUUUCUGCGUUUCCCACAAAGAGCUUCAGGAACAGACCAUUAAAUUCACCGUCAUCGACAAUGGACGACUCCGCAAGCGGCAGGUCAUCGGACAUUUGCUGUGUUCCUUGAAACACAUUUCCAUCGAAGAUGGCAAACAGCAAAUAAUAACGCAAGACAUCAGUAAAGAUCCAUCGUCCGUUGGAUCACCGGGCGAAAUGCACAUCUCACUUUGUUACCAUCCGUCUGCUGACCGCUUCACUGUCACGAUCUUGCAGGCCAGAAACAUCCGGGCUCCUAACACAGCGGUACCUGACAGUUAUGUCCGAUUGACUCUGUUUAAUCAAACGCGAGCCGUCAAAACAAAGCGGACGGGAAUUAUCCGACGUUCGGCAGAUCCUUGUUAUAACGAGAGCUUUCAUUUUCGACUGGAGGCAACUAACGUCGACACAACCAACAUAGUUUUAGCUAUCCACCAACCGGACAACAAAGAUCGUAUUCUGGGACGUUUGGUACUCGGAUCUUUCAUGUUUGCCCGUGGCCGAGGAAUGGCCCAUUGGAACGAAAUGUUUGCUCGACCGAGGGAACAUAUUCAACUUUGGCAUCCAUUACCUGAUCUCAAUUGAUGUCAAAACAGUCACUGUCAAGCGUUUGCUUUUAAAUGGAGACCCAAAGAAAUGAAAAAGGAAAUAUGGACAGCACUGUUGGUGUUUAUAUUCUUCUAUAUGUUUUUUAAUAUUAUCGACAUUUAACAAAUCAUGUUUUGCCAUCUUCUUUCUAUAUACAUAUUUUUCAAUUGUAAUCUAAUGCGUUCAUGAUUUUCUUUUUAUUUUCCGUUGAUAAUGCAACCUUCUCUUCUGCUGAAAUUCCCUGUAUUUGAUUUUACACGAAUCGGUUCGUUGGUUGUUUUACUUCUUGACAUUUUCCAUCGUGAUCUGUUUGAGAACUCGUACCGGCAAUCCUGUAGCUCUACGGGCAAAAUUUGUUGCACCAAUUCAGCCGUUGUAUCGAGCGAAUCCUGGCUGGACAAAUAAAUCGUUUAAUUUUUCCUCAUUUGGGGAUUUUAAAAA